AUGGUGUACUACCUGGCACUAUUAAAGCUAGUGGUGUUCGCGGUCAUUGCGGCCGCCGAAUUGGAUGAUUUUUUCCCCGAGCCACUCACAGCUGCCAACUUCGACAAUGUGAUGUCCAAGGGAUUCCAUUUUGUCGAGUUUUUCUCCCCACAUUGUUCCCAUUGCAAAGCUCUGGCCCCAAUAUGGAAGGAGUUCUACGACACAUUUCAUGCCGAGGCGGAAUCUUAUGAUGUUUACAUCAACCAGGUUGACUGUGUUGCCAGUGGCGAUCUUUGUGACCGCGAAAAGAUCUUCAUGUACCCGAUGCUUAGACUUUAUGGACCAAACGACAGAGGAAAUGGGGGCAAGCUUUUAGCGUCCUUCAGCAAGGGUUACGAGAGAACGGUCGAGGGAUUGACAGCUUUUGUGCGUGAACAGGCAAUCGAUUCCAGAGAGGAGCUUUUGCAGUCCCCAAAAGAGAUCACCGAUCUGAUGAAAUCGGCAGACAUUGGGGCGAUCAGCAGUGCCAAUAUGAUUGAGAUUAUCGCAGGACAGAUUGAAAAGCCGUACCUGGUUUCCUUUUGGCCCGGGACCGAUGAGGAGCUGAACGUCAAUACAUUCUCUCAAGAUGUCAAGGACAACAAACUGUUCAGCAAGUGUCCUCGGUGUUUAGAUUUCCGCAAUUUGUGGAGCAUGGUUGGACGUCGUCUUUCUCCGCUGAUCAAACAAAAUGAACUCUCGGUUGGGUAUUUGAAUUGCAAAUCCAACAAGAAUAUUUGCUUGUCUUUAGGAAUGGACGAUUUGCUUACAGACAACUAUGGCACCUAUGAUCCCAAAAUCUUCAUGUUCUUGCCCAGUAAUAGAGGUGGCAACAAAAUACGGUACAAGGCUUCGACAUUAAACGGAAAGCAGAUUAUCAAUUGGAGCAAGCGGUUGCUGGAUAUCGCCAAAUUCGAAGACAUAACAAAAGCCGAUUUGACCAAGAAAAUGAAACUUAGAUCCUCACCCUUUAGAAAAGAGGAUUUCACAGAAAUAGACGUGGAUCCGACAAUCACUUUCGUCUAUCUCUACUCCAAGGAGACGGCUGUCGCUGAGGAUUUCUGGCUUCUUGAUCAUUUAGUCCAGCCAGUGAUGGAUUUACGCUCAAACGUUCGACUUUACAAAAGCUCGGACAUGGAAUUUAUGGAUCUUGCCAAAAACCAGGAGGAGACCUUGAUCAAGUACGUGAAUCAGGAGAUUGCAGAUCCUGCGAAUCAACUCCAUUUUGACGAAGAGAUGUACACAGCUCGCACAUUGACUACAUACCCGAUGCUUUUAUGCUUCAAAGACGACUCGUUGGUCUCGCAUGUUUUUCAGAGUUUUGGAUCCCAUGACAUUAGAGAUUUCAAUGUUGUGAUGGACUUUAUCAGAGUCAAUGCCAAUCCGUUUGUGGAACAGAUGACUGAUGCCUCGCGUGACGCUAUAUUUCCUAGGAACUUUGAUCCAAGUUUUAUGUCAAAGAACGAAAAAGUGGUAUUGGUUGUUACCGAUGCGAAUGACCACACAAAAUUACACAGACAAGGGUAUGCGCUUUCUCAGAUUGGACACAGGUUCCAUUAUCUCAAGCAGAUGAACCAGUUUGAGAAAUUAAAAAGGCUCAGAGGAGAGAAGUAUGCCAAAGUUGAAAAAAUAAAAGCCAAGGGUAAGGACAAUGUGGAGAUCAUUCGCGCAUUAAGAGAACAGGUUCCACAUGUUUUCGAGAUUAAGGACAAUAAUGUACAUUUGGUUUAUGUUGAACAGGCUAAGCUCAAGUCGAUCUCUGAGAAUCUCGGCUGGUCCAAGUUCAAUGCGCAAAAAUAUGAACCCGGAGAUAUCAUAAUAGUCUCACGAUUCACCAACAAUUAUUGGGAUACCUCUUUAAAAGGACAAAAACUAUCAAGUGACACAAUCUCCGAGGUAGUAGACAUUCUGUCCGCGGCAAGUUUCCAGAAGUUUGCAGGAAAGGGACUGCGGUCUAGUCUCUCUAUUUCUGCAGUUUCCACAUAUUUCGUUUUGUUCAUUUUGAUCGCAGUUUUGAUAUUAGGAUUGUCCAAGACCCGGGCAACAGCUCGUUUUCGCUCUCGACCAGACAAGCAUAGGGGCUUGAAACCCUUCUUCUCCGACGCUGAAGCCAAUGUUGGCUCAGGUCCUGCACUUGGUAAAGUUGAUUGA